AUGACUACGAAGGAUGAUCUGAAGGCCUUUCGCAUAGCUGGUCUGCCAUCAGAAUUCUACUACAUUCCAAACUUCAUCACGCCAGAGGAAGAGGCAUCCAUCUUGGACAAGAUCCCAGCGCAACGAUGGACACAACUCACUCAUCGUCGCCUACAAGCGCAUCCAUCCACUCUUACCAAGAACAACACCUUACUCGCAUCUCCCCUGCCAGACUAUCUCUCCAACCCGGUGAUCCAGCGCUUCAAGAACCUCGGCAUCUUCGACGCCACGCCACACCGUCAACCCAACCACGUCCUAAUCAACGAGUACCGCGCAGGCGAGGGCAUAAUGCCCCACGAAGACGGCAGCGCCUACGCCCCGGUCGUCGCGACCGUGUCCCUAGGAUCAAGUCUGGUUCUGGACAUCAUGCCAAGACCAGAUGACGGUGAUGGUGGUGGUGGCGGACUUCCCGCGCGGAUUUUCCAGGAGCCGAGAUCGCUGCUCAUCACGGCUGGGGGUGCGUAUGCCGAUCUCAUGCAUGGCAUCGCGCCUGUCGAGGUCGAUGAAGAUAUUCAUGCUGGGUCGGUUGCGAAUUGGGGGCUCUUGGCUGAUGAGCAGAAGCUUGUGGAGAAGGGAGGGAGGAAUGUGAGAGGGACGAGGGUUAGCUUGACCUAUAGGGAUGUGCUCAAGGUUAGCUCGGCGGCGAGUAAGGUUCUUGGGGGGCUCGGGAGGAGGUGA